CCCCGGCGGAGCGGCGCGGCGCGCCCGGGCGGGAUCGCGCCCUGCCUGCCCGCCCCUUGGAACGGGGAGCGCCCGCCUGGCACCGCGGCGCCUGUCUGUGGGUGCUGCGGGAGUGCCGACUUUCCCUGCGCCUAUGAGUACCCGGGUGUACGGGAGCCGAGCUGGCGGGAGAGUCUGACUGCGUCGCCUGGCAGCGGCCACCGCCAUCUCCCGGGAGCGGAAAAAAAUCGUAAAUUCAGUAUGGCACCUAUUUUAGAUUGGAAGAAGCUUAUGAAAGUUGAUCCAGAUAGUCUGCCUCAUCAAGAGGAACUAGCAGACAGAUUGCUGGAGACCAUGUCCAAGGUUGAUGGGAAAGACUUAAAAACUGAAACUCCAGAAAAACUGAUACAUCUUUUUAAAAUUACUCAGUCUCUACUGAAGAUGAAGACUCAAGAGGUAGAACUGGCACUAGAAGAAGUUGAAAAAGCUGGGGAAGAGCAAGCCAAAUGUGAAAAUAAUUUUAAAACAAAGAUGAUGAAACUUCAGAAUGAAUUAGAGAAGGCACAAAGAUCUGCUGGUGGUCGCGAUACUCGUUUUUUGCGUGAUGAGAUGCGCCAACUGCAAAACCAAUUAGAACAAAAAGAGAGACAGUUAGCAGAUCUAGAAGAAGAGCUGGAAAAAGAGAAGAAAGUGAAUGAACAGCUUGCUCUUCGAAUGGAAGAUGCCAAAAAUGAAAACAUCAGAUUCAGGAGAGAGACUGAACAAUUACGUCAGGAUGUAGUUGACUAUCAGAGGCAAAUAGAUUCCCAAAAAGAAACAAUUCCAUUACGAAGGGGAGAGGACUCUGAUUACAGAUCACAGUUGUCCAAAAGAAGCUCUGAGCUUGUCCAGUAUUUGGAUGAAAUUCAGAAUUUGACUGAAGCUAAUGAGAAGUUAGACAUUCAAAACCAAGAAAUGAGGAAAAAUCUUGAGGAAUCAGUGCAAGAAAUGGAGAAGAUGACUGAUGAAUAUAACAAAAUGAAACUAAUUGUGCAACAGUCUGAUAGUAUUAUGGAUCAGUUACGAAAAGAGAAAGAUCAGUACAAAUUUCAAGUUCAGGACCUUUCAGACCAGCUGAAAGCAAAGAAUGAGGAAGACGAUCCACUUAUGGCGGCUGUAAAUGAAAAAGUUGAAGAGUGGAAGAAAAUCUUAGCUUCAAAAGAUGAUGAAAUCCUAGAGUAUCAGCAAAUGUUGUUUAACUUAGAAGAGAAAAUGAAAAUAGUUCAACUUGAUGUCGACAGAAACAGCAUACUGGCCCUUCAGCAGGGUGUGCAAGAGCGGGAUGCUCAGAUAAGAUUGCUUACUGAGCAAGUUGAACAGUAUACCAAAGAAAUGGAAAAAAAUGCAUUCGUUAUUGAGAAGUUAAAAAAUGAUCUCCAAAAAGAUAAAGGUCACUCAUCUCUUGCUCAGCAGAAUCAUAGUGAGGAUAUGCAAGAAAAGUUAAAAAGACUGGAAGAGAGAACUGCGGAGGCUGAGAAAUCAGCAGAAUUAGCAGAAGCAGAUGCUAGAGAAAAGGACAAAGAGCUUGUUGAGACUUUGAAACGAAUGAGAGACUAUGAACUGGGAAUAUAUGGUUUGGAAGAAGCUGUUGCUGAGAUCAAAGAUUUAAAAAAGCAAGUCAAAAUACGAGAACAUGAGAUUGAAUCGUUAAUUAAGGAAGUCAAUAAACUUGAACUUAAAAUAAAUGACUUUCUUGAUGAAAAUGAAGAACUCAGAGAGCGCUUAGGUCUUGACCCAAAGACAGUAAUUGAUUUAAGUGAAUUCAGAAACAGCAAAGCGCUGAAGCAGCAGCAAUAUAGAGCUGAAAACCAAAUUCUUUUGCAAGAGAUUGAAAGACUAGAAGAGGAAAGAAUUGAACUGAAAAAACAAAUUCGUAAGUUGGCUCAGGAGAAAGGAAGAAGAGUUGCAACAAUAGGAUUGGAUGCUGAUGAUAUGCAGAUGACUGAUAGCUUUACUGAAGAGAAGGGAAUGAAUAAGAGGAAGUUGGAUUUCUUCACCACACAUGACAUUGCUGAAAUAAAAGCAAAGAAUGAAUAUCUUGCAACUGAAUUAAAUGAGAGAGAGAGAGAUUUGGAGAAGAACAGGACGGUAAUAGCCAGAUUUCAAUCUAAAUUAAAAGAGUUAUCAGAAGAGAAUAAGCAACUAGAACAAGGAAUGAAAGAAAUAUUGCAGGCUGUCAAGGAAAUGCAGAAGGAUUCUAAUAUGAAGGGAGGAGAAACAGCCUUAAUAAUCCCUAGUCUGGAUCGUUUAGUUCAUGCAAUGGAGUCAAAGAAUUCAGAGGGAAUCUUUGAUGCUAGUGUGCACUUGAAAGCUCAGGUUGACCAGCUUACAGGACGAAAUGAGGAAUUAAGACAGGAGCUAAAAGAGACUCAGAAGGAGGCAACAAGUUUGUCUAAUCAGCUGGCAAAUGCAAAUGAAAAGAUUGCACAACUGAAAAAUGAGAUUUGCUUACUGCAUCAGUCAGAAGGUCCCAAUAUUGUCUUGCAAACAGUGAAUCUUCCAGAAGGAAUGGUUCCUUCAAGUGUUAAUACGAUUAAUUCUCUGAAUGAAUAUUUAAUACGUCUUAUACAGGAAUCGGAAAACAAAGAAAAAUUGCUUAAACAGUUAGAAGAUGCAGUAGAGGACUAUAAGCGAAAAUUUGCAGUAAUUCGGCAUCAACAAGGCUUGUUGUAUAAAGAAUAUCAAAGUCAAAAGGAAAGCUGGCAGAAAGAAUCAGAAGAUAUUAAAGAGGAAAUGAAAAAACUAGAAGAGCAAAAAGAACAGGAUGCUACAAAAAUAAAGGCAUAUUCUAAUCUACUCGAUGCACUUCAGCUGGAUCCUGAUGAAACAAAAAAAGUACUUGCAGAAAAUAAUAGAAAAAUAACUGUUUUAAGAGUUAAUGAAAAAUCACUAACAAGGCAGUGUACAACUUUGCUUGAAAUGGAACGCCAUCUUAGAAAAGAAAAUGAGAAACUAAAGGGUGAAAUAACACAUAUGGAGACUGCAGUUAUAGGGAAGAUUGGAAACUUGCAACGAUUCAAGGAAAUGGCCAGCUUUAAGAUUGCCGCUCUGCAAAAAGUGCUGGAUGGUAGUGUGCCGUUGUCUGAGCUAGAAGUGGCUAAUAAGCAGUACAAUGCAUUAACUGCUAAAUACAGAGAUAUGUUACAAAAGGAUAAUUUGCUUGUCCAACGGACAACAAACAUGGAACACAUGGAGCAUGAGAAUGAAUCCUUGAAAGCACAGAUAAAUUCAUUGAAUAAAGAACUGGAGAUCACGAAAGAGAAACUUCACACUGUGGAACAGGCUUGGGAACAGAUGACUAAACUGGGGGAUGACAGUUCCAUGGACAAGGCCACAAAAGCAAUAACCAACAGUGAGAUUUUGUCCAUUUCUAAGAAAAUCACAAUGUUGGAAAUGAAGGAACUAAAUGAAAGACAGAGAGCAGAACAUUCACAACGAAUGUAUGAACAUUUGAGGAAUACUGUAAAGCAAAUAGAGGAACGUAAUUUUGAAUUGGAAACAAAAUUUGCUGAGCUCACUAAAAUCAAUCUUGAGGCACAGAAAGUGGAACAGGAAUUAAGAGAUGAACUGUCAAAGAGUGUAAGUAAGGCAGUAAGUGAUGCAGAUCGACGACAAAUCAUGGACCUAGAGAAGCGCGAGAUGGAGCUCAAGAUUGAAGUGUCAAAGUUAAGAGAACUGUCUGAUGUAGCGAAAACGCAAGUUGAAGCUCUGGAGGCACGCCAGCAAUACAGAGAUAAAGAAGUGGAAUCUCUUAGAAUGCAAAUUUUAGAUUAUCAGGCACAGUCAGAUGAAAAAGCAGUUAUUGCAAAACUGCAUCAAGAUAUCAUAGCCCUUCAAGGUAGUGAAUCUGUUGCUGUAGGCAAAUUGGAAACACUUAAAUUGAAACUACAGAAGAUGGAGAUCCAAAAUCUACGUUUAGAGCAGAAGCUUGAUGAGAGAGAUCAAGCCUUAUAUUUUGCCCGACUGGAAGGAAGAAAUAGAGCCAAACAUCUGCAACAGACAGUUCAGUCUUUGCGGCGACAGUUUAGUGGUGCUCUGCCUUUAGCACAGCAAGAAAAAUUCUCUAAAACAAUGAUUCAGCUACAGAAUGACAAACUGAAGAUCCUGGAAGAAGUUCAACAUGCCCAGCAGGAGCGUCGAAAUGCAGAAAACAGAACAUUAGAGCUGGAGUUAAAACUGAAAAGUUUAGAAGAAUUAGUAAGUGCAUUGAAGGAUACAAGAGGAGCUCAAAAGGUAAUUGAAUGGCAUAUGAAGAUGGAAGAACUCCAUCUGCAGGAACUUAAACUCAAUCGAGAAUUAGUCAAGCAAAAGGAAGAGGUGAAAUAUUUGUGUAAUAUCAUUUCUGAAUAUGAACGUACAAUCAAUAAUUUGGAAGAAGAAAUUGUGCAGCAGAACAAGUUUCAUGAGGAAAGGCAAAUGGCUUGGGACCAGAGGGAAGUGGAACUGCAGCGCCAAUUAGACCUGUAUGAUCAUCAACAAAAUGAAAUAUUUAGCACUGCUUUAAAGUUAGAAGAGGCUAGAGGCUCAGUUCCAGACCCUAGUUUGCCAAUCGCACAACAACUUGAGUUGGCUUUAAGAAAGAUUCAGGAGCAUGUUCAAACAAUCCUGGAAACCAGGGCAACCUGCAGGUCACUGGAGGAGAAAUUAAAAGAAAAGGAAACCGCUCUGUGGAAAGCUGAACAAAAUGUUUUAUCAAGAGACAAAGUUAUAAAUGAACUAAGACUUCGAUUGCCUGCAUCAUCAGGAGAGAAAAUAAUGGCUGAAUUAGGCAAAGGAGAAGAUGAUCCAGAGUACCAUCAUGCCAUUAAAAUUGCUCAUCAAACCAUUGCAAAUAUGCAAGCAAGAUUAAAUCAAAAGGAGGAAGUGUUAAAAAGAUACCAACAUAUGCUUGCUAAAGCAAGAGAGGAACAAGAGGAAAUAGCAAAGAAGCAUGAGGAAGACCUAAGAGUUCUACACCAGAAGUUAGAUUUGCACACUGACAAUUCCCUUAAUAAAUUCAAAGAGACUGCUUUGGAAUUAGGGAAAAAGUCUUCUUUAUCACUUUCCAACAGCAAAUAUUUUCACCGCUUAGAGCAAACUGUAGCCGAACAGGAUAAUUCUCUUGCUUCACUUGUUGGAAAAUUAAAGAAAACAUCAUCUGAUUUGGAGAAACAAAAACAAAUUACUAUAAUGAAAAUCAAUGAGUUUGAGACUAUCAGAGUCCAGCUUCAGGAAAAGCACACAGUUGAUAUGGAACAAAUAAAACAUGAAGCAAAUGAAUUGAGGAAUAUAUUAUCUCAGAAGGAGAAGGAAUUAGCAAAUGUAAAAGCUGAACUAGAGGUCCAAAAAGAAGCAAAUACCAGAGCACCCACAGCAACACUGAAAAACCUGGUGGAACAGCUGAAGAGCCAAUUAGCCAUAAAAGAGAACCAGCACAAAGCUUUGAGUAAAGCACUUCUGGAACUCCGAGCAGAAAUGACUGCUAAUGCUGAACAGCAGAUUAUUUCUGCUGCAUCACAAAAGGAGGCAUAUAUGAAUGUCCAGGAGAUUGUUGACAGAGAAACAAAGGGGCUUACGACACAGAUAGAGGAAUUGAAUAAUCAGAUUACAAAGCUUACAGACAACCUUAAAAUAAGUAAAACCAAGGAAACUUCUUUGUCUGAUGAAAGGGAUGAGUUGAACCAAGAACUUCAGAGGAAACAAAAAGCAUUUGCUAAAAUAUCGAGAGAAAAAACUGAAAUGGAAAAAGAAAAUGAAGAACUGAAGAACCGUAUUAGGAGACUGAGCAGUAGCAUUCAGAGCAAAGUUGAUGAACAAAAUCUGAUAGAUGUGCUUCAGAAAAAAAUUAAAAAGUUGGAGAGUGAUCUUGAGACAAAGUGUGAAGAAACAGAAAAAAAAGGUGUAAGAGAAGACAAGACCCCCAAGGAGGAAAUAAUUAGAUGGGAAGAAGGUAAAAAAUGGCAAAUCAGAAUGGAAGGACUGCGAAACAAACUAAGGGAAAAGGAAAAAGAGGCAGAUGCUUUAUCCAAACAGCUAAAUACAUUGAAGGAAAUUUAUACAAAGACUGAAAAAGAGAAAAUUGCUCUGCAGAAGAAACUGAAAACUACUGGUGUCACUGUUGACCGUGUUGUUGGAGUAAGAGCCUCAGAAACUGAAAAAGAAGUGGAAGAACUAAGAAAACAGAAUCUAGAGUUAGAAAAUGAAGUUGCACACUUGAGAACACUGCAAGCAAUCCCAAGAGAUUCUGUUGUAGAAGAUUUACAUUUCAAAAACCUAUACCUCCAGGAAAAGCUUCAUGCAUUGCAGAGACAAUAUUCGAGAGAGACAUUUUCGAGAGCCUCAAGUAGAUGUGACCAGACUAAAGUGACCGAAUCUGUUCCUAUCACUGUCAGUAAACAAAAGUAUCUGAAUUUCCUUCAAAAGAAAUCUGUUUCGAGUAGGGAUGAAAUGAAACAUCAGGCUAAUAAUAGCAUUACUGAUGGCAAUGAAAUAGAUGGGGAAGCACACACACAAACCUGCAUCAUGCAUAACAAAGGCCAGGAGGCUACUGCAGAUGCAAGCACAGAAGUGUCUCCUGAACAGCAUCCUGAAGAUAGUGAGAAAUGGAAGGACACAGAUUUUUCUACAGCAGUAUUGGAAAACAAAAAUAUAGCUGAAUAUGAUAAAGAAAACUGCAGUGAAAAAGAAGAAAAUAUAACCCAGCCUGAAAAAGGAAAAGUUAAUGAGGAAUGUGAAGAGGAGAGCAAGCAAGAAAUCUUCAAACGAUCAAAUGUGGAUGAAGAAGAAGGUGGAGAAGAGCCUGAUACUGACAGAAUGAGCUGCAAUCAGUCUGAUCCGGGGGAACUUUCUACUCAAGCUAAUGACUGUGAAGCAGACAAAAUAAAUGUGAAUAAUGAAAUGAAUCAACACACUGCAGAGAAUAAACAUGAAAAUUACCAAAGCUGUACAGAAAGGGUUGAAACAACCUCAGAAUUGUGUGAAAUGCCCAAGGUUUGAUACUGUAGUGUCCCCCUAGCAUUUCUUCAGUAUAAAUGAUAAAGAAAUAGAAUAGUUUGAUUUUGAUAAAGCCAUGCUCUCCUAUGCAUGGUCUGCAGGGAUAUUGAAGUCUAGUCAUCUAGUCCAUAAAGCAAACCUUGUACUUUCGUGAUAGGCAUGCAUGACAACUCACAAGUAAGCUACUGUCAAUACUAAAAUUUUGAUCCAGAGAGUUUACAAAAAACCUCAAUGAUACAUGCAGCUAGCUGAUGAUCUUCGUUCUUUAAGAGACUUAUGAUAUCUUCUUACUUACAUUUACUUACUUCUUACUUAAACUUAUACUAAAAAAUGUGCUUUAUUGAAGCAAAUACUUUAUUCCUAGUGGUAAAGUAAUGAAUCAUAACGUUAAUUCCAUAAUUACAUAAGUGAAAAACACUGAUUAUUAUAUCAUUAAAAGGUUUUACUCUUUACUAGUCAGGCAAAAUAAUUUACCGUAUAGUUAUGAUUUGAAUUGGCAAUAUAAAACAUGCAAAGCACUCUUCAUGUAAUAGAAAUUACUAGCCUCCAUGGAUAGAGACUUAAGAUUGUAGGAAAUAACAAACUAAGAACAAGAGUUACAUACUACUGUUCCUGACUUGAUCUGUGAUCUCUUUGACAUAACUGAAAUGUCUUAUGACAUAUUUACUAUUUAAAAAACUAUCAGAAUAUAUCCUUAAAAUUAGAUGCUGUUCCCAGAAACAGUGUCACAACUUACUACACUCAGUAGCUUUUUUGUCUUUUAGAUUUUGGAAUUUAUUUCUACCCAAUAGUUUGAGAGUUAAUUUUGGUUUGACGAAAUUUUUACUGGUUUAUACAGAUUUGUAAAAUUCCCUUAACAGUUAAGCAAGUUUAGGAAAUGUAAGAGGUGUUAAAGUAGAUUAGAUCAAAACUGGUGAUAAUACUAUCUUGUUUUAUUUCUGUGAAAAAUACUAAUUAUCUGUUGCUCUUAAUCAGCUACAACUGAUAGUUGUAUUGAAUUAGUGCAUUACCACUUAAUAAUUUUUUUCCCUUCUGUUUUCUCAAGACAUCAGGAAUAGGGUCAAGUGAUCAGUAUCGAAGAGAACAAGAAGUUUUA